UGAUUGAUUUCUGAGGGGAUGUGUGUGAAACUACAUUGUAAGGCUGUGAUCCCAACCAUACUCACAAAGGAACAAGGCCCAUUAAACUCAGUAGGAGUUUCAUCCAAGUAAACAAACAUAGGAUGGAACUAUGAAGUGCUCAGCUCUGCUAGAAUUCAAAACUGAAAACAACUUUUACAAAUGUACACACUGAACCUUCUGUUGAACUUUCCCAAAAUCUUCCAUCAAAUCCAGAACAUGUACAGCCAAACUGCACAUUAUACUAGAACAUCACAAUAUCAUUGGUGACUUGCUCUAUGCAGUAGGAAAUGCUGCAUAUCAAUCCUCUGUGAGUUUCUACUCAAUCCAAAAAGUACAGAGAAACUUUGUUUCUACAAAGAGUUAAUAAUAGGUGAUGAACUGUUUGCUUUCACUAGGAAAUGAAAAGGUUGAUUGCUCUUUGCUUAUAUUUUCCCACUACUGGACAAUAGUUUCUUUGUGUUUUGAACACACAUUGUUAUUUUAUCAACUGCGAACAAGGCAGGAACCCGGACACCAAAACCUCGUUGGGCAACCUUACUGGAAAGCAACAGAUUUGCUAAUAGGAAGAUAGCUUCAUGAUCAUGACCCACAAUAUUUCUUGUUAAAGUCAGUAAAUAACUAUAAAAUCCUGUCACAUAAUCCAGUCUAUAUAUGGAGACCUGAAUGAUUUUUUAAAAAACGACUUAUGUGAAACAGUGGAAACCACGAAGCAAUUGAACAGACAUUUGGACAUUUGGGAAGAAUCUUAACAGAUUCAAACAAUGCUCAUACUUCUAGUACUUUCACCAUUGUUCCUGGGUGUAUCUAUGCAGAGAACCACCACUCUGGCUACAAGACGUGUCCUACGAGGAUGGUUUCCAAAUGCGUGUACCCUAGUUAUAUGUGCACCUCCUGAGACAGAAGAAAGAGAUCAAGGAUUACCAGCAGUUCAAGAACUACAGGGAGUGAAGGAGGACAUUAAUAAUUCAGAGUUUGAACGUCUUGAAACACAAAUAAGGGACUUACAAACACAGUUGGACAAUUUAAAAGCUUCCGUCAUCAAAACUCAACAAGUUCUCCUUACCCCUCAUGGUGUGAUUGUGGGGAAAAAGAUAUUCAAAACAGAUGGCACCAGGGGUGACUACGAUGCUGGACGUGCCAGCUGCUCGCACAUGGGCAGCACGCUUGCUGUGCCAAGGGAUGCUGCCGAGAACAGUGCCAUCCAACAAAUAGUGACAUGGCAUAAUGCAAAAGCUCUUCUUGGAAUCACCGACAUGGCAGAAGAAGACAAGUUUGUGGAUCUGAAUGGCAGCGUCAUAGAGUACUCAAACUGGGCGCAAGGAGAACCAAAUAGUAAAGGCAAUGAAGACUGUGUAGAAAUGCAUCCAGAUGGCAAAUGGCAUGACAGAGAUUGCGCACUUGAUUGGUUAAUCAUUUGUGAAUUCUAAACUCUUGUUUCAUUUCUGCAAAAACAGGCAGUGCACAGGGGGAAAGUACAGUUUAUUCUAAUCAUAUCAAAUUUCAUUUUGAACAUGGAGUCAAUCAAAUGAUUGUAAACAUGUUGGUUUCCCAUAUCUCACUCUAUAUAACAAAUUCUCUGUGCAUGUAGAAGUGUGAAAUGCUCAGCUAUAAACUAAUUGCUUUCUCAAUAGAAUAUGUCACUUUUACUUUGAUAUUUUUAUAUAAAUCUAAUGAACAGUUAUGACUUUUAGUGCAUUUCUCUGAAAGAGCAGCAGCAGCAGCAGCAGCAGCAGCAGCAGCAGCAGCAGCAGCAGUAGUAGUAGUAGUAGUAGUAGUAG